UCGCUUAGAGGUCAAACACGAUGGGGAGUGGGGAACGGUCUGUGAUGAUGAAUUCGACAACGCAAGUGCCAAGGUCGUCUGCAAAAUGAUAGGGUUUACUGACGACAGACAUGCAAGGUUUAUUCCGGCAUCGGUGUACGGCCCUGGGGCGGGAACGAUAUGGCUUGAUGACAUCAAGUGCUUUGGAAACGAAACCGACAUUUCCGACUGCCAACACAGCGAAUGGGGAAAAAGUGACUGCAACCAUGACGAGGACAUAUCAGUUGACUGCCAAACACCCACUCGCCUGUUUGGUGGAAAUGCGCACAAAGGUCGAGUUGAAGUCCAAAUAGACGGAGAAUGGAACUCACUUUGUAAAGACACCUUCAGAACGGCUGAGGCCAAGGUGGUCUGCUCAAUGCUUGGCUUCAGUGCCAGUGGUGCAGAAUUAUAUACUUCGAGUUCCUCACAGUCCAUGGUUUCGACAACAUCGUACGUGUGUAAAGGCGAGGAACAAGACUUGAGCAUGUGUAAUAUGGUCGAAACUAACUGUUCAUCAAGGAUCUCUGCUGGCAUCAAUUGCAAAACGCCUAUUCGCCUGGCCAAUGGCACUGGUCCGCAUUCUGGCAGAGUAGAACUUAAAUACAGAGGACAAUGGGGAACGAUAUGUGACGACAAUUUUGACGACAUGGAGGCCAAAGUGAUAUGCAACAUGCUUGGAUUUAGCGGGAAAAACGCCAAAGCGCACUUUGGUGCCUAUUACGGCGAAGGUCAAGGUAAUAUCGUCGUUGACGAGCUGCGUUGCGUUGGAACCGAAGAAGAUAUUUCUGAAUGCAAAUCAAGCGAUUGGCUCUCACAAACGGACUGCAAUCACAACGAGGAUGCUGCUGUUGAAUGUUUCUCGGAACUACGUCUUCAGGAUGGUCCUGCCGACUUUGUUGGUCGCCUUGAAAUUCUAAAUGGAACUAAUUGGGAAACGGUGUGCUCUGACGGUGUCGAUAAUCAUACUGCUCUAGUGAUUUGCAACACUCUUGGAUUUCAAAGAGGAAAUAUCUCAGUUUACACCGACGGCCGAUAUGGGAAUGGAACACUAAAACAAAAUGGUUAUCAGUGCGUAGGAAAUGAAACGGACAUCGCAAACUGCAAAUAUACCGAUAUUGCCGAUUCCUGCACAUCUGACAUUGGAAUAAAUUGCUUUUCAAGAUCUCCAGUUCGUAUAAAAGGAGGUCAAACUUUCAUGUCUGGCCUUGUUGAAGUAUACUUAAAUGGCCAAUGGUAUGCCUAUAGGCGUUAUUCAUUUGUAACUCCUGGAAGAUGCAUCGGUAGUCUCGGUUGCCAUGGUAACGAAACAGACAUCACUGAGUGUAUUCCAACCAGCGGAAUGUGGUAUACAGGAAGUUGCAAUAGUGUCUAUGAAUACGUCGGAAUCAACUGUGGGAGGAAUACAAUGUAUCGCUUGACCGAUGGCAAUUCUAUCAAGUCUGGUCGAGUCGAGGCUCUCUACAAUGGCACAUGGUUUGGAAUAUGCACGAAUAGCAAUUUUACAACGUUUGAAGCAAACAUGAUAUGCAACAAAAUCGGUUUUACUCAAAGUGGAUACGUUUUGUCACCGAGCUACACGAUGAAAAGUCCAUCGAUAAAUGGCCUUAUAUGUGAUGGAAAUGAAAAGGACCUCUCCGACUGCAAUUCCAAUACUUGGGGACAAGAAAUGUCUUGCUCAAAUGUUCAAAUCUCCUGCAACAGUACUGUUCGUUUGUUGAACGGGACAAGUGAACGAUCCGGACGAGUUGAAGUUUUUCACCAGGGGGAAUGGGGAACUAUUUGUGCAGAUGAUUUCGACAAUGAUGAUGCCGAUGUUGUAUGCAGGAAAGCCGGAAUACGUUUAUGGAACGCAUCUGUUUUAACUGGCUCGACGUUUGGAAGAGGAAACCUAUCGAACAUUAUCAACAGCACUAACUGCACCGGACAGGAGUGGGACUUGUCAGCUUGUAAAUCAUCACCUUGGCAAGAAUCUUCAUGCAACGGCACUGAUGUAGCUUCUGUUAACUGCAAGGUUUUAAAUUCUGAAAUUCGUCUCGUUGGAGGAACAACUAAUUUUGAUGGCGAGGUUGAAAUAAAAUAUAAAAAUAUCUGGAGAAAAAUUGGAUCAUUCUACGACAAGACAACUGUUGAUGGGAUAUGUUCAUUCCUUGGCUUCAACUUCUCAAGUGAUGCCGCGUAUACAAACACAAGACACUAUGGCGACUCAUACCUUUUUCGCAAUCUUCAAUGCCGGGGCGAUGAAUCAGAUAUAUCCCUCUGUCGUUCUUCGGAUUGGGGACUCAAUUAUGUCAGUGAAGACUCGUACUCUGCUGGCGUGAACUGCUUGUCUCCUAUUCAGCUCGACGGUGGAUUGACGAAGUAUAUGGGAUAUGUCAAACUAACAAAAGAUGGGUGUACUAGUUAUCUUUGCGCUGAAGAUCUUACAGCUGAAAACGAAGUUGUCAUGUGUAACAUGCUAGGCUACUCAUUUGCGACGCAACACGUGAUCUCUAGUAUAGACGUUUUGAAACCGUCGUUUUCAACGCCUGUUUAUAUACAAAACAUCACGUGCGCUGGAAAUGAACAAGAUUACCAAAUGUGUCAAUUAGCGGAUUUUCAGUCAUCCGAACUUUCCUGUGCUAGUGGAAAAAAUGCUUUUGUCAGAUGCAAUACGCCUGUAAGACUAGCCGAGAUGACAGAUAAAGUCACUGGUAUUCCCGAGGUUUACCAAAACGGCACGUGGAACCGGAUGUGUUACAGUGAUAGAAAAAUCACAAAUAUAAACAAUGCUCAAGUACUCUGUUUCAUGAUGGGGUUUAGUAGCAGUUCUGUGAGUACAUGGAAUGCAUCAGGAAGCGAUAACAUAGAAAAGAUGUCCGUGACAUGUCGAAGUGGAUUGGAAGAUGACAUUUCCACUUGCUCAACGGAUAACUUGACCUGUGCUGAAGUACUAUCAAUCUCUUGUCCAACGCAUCUUGAGCUGCAACACGGGCGAACAAAAUAUAUGGGUCAAAUAAGUGCUGUCAUUGGAAGAGGAAAGGACUAUAUUUACAACGUGGACUCGGCUAUAACAAUAGCAACAACGAGAAUCAAUAGUACCUGGUAUCCAGUAUGCUUUGACGGAUUCGACGAAAAUGCUGCAUUUGUUAUAUGCCGCAUGGCCGGUCAUUAUCACACAAGGGACGCCACGUUUUCUUAUAAAGAAAGCAAUGAUUCGUCUGUGUUGGGAAAAUGGCAAUGUACUGGAGACGAGGUCGAUAUAUCGCGAUGCGUUUCGUACAACGAAUCUGUUGGCUCAUGUUCCUCACGGAAGAUAAUACAAGUUGAUUGCAGGGCAUUAGUGCGUAUUAUUGAUGGGCCUUCUCCAACCAAAGGGCGUGUAGAGGUGUUCUACGGUGGUCAUUGGGGACCAGUGUGUAGUAGCAGUGUGUUAUCCAAUAUGACUAACAUCAUAUGUAGUUCUGCAGGCUAUAGAUACACAUAUGGUACCAUAAAGAGUGCUAACACAUACACUAAUAAAACAUUCGACAACUAUACCGUAACAAAUCUUAAUUGCACGGGUUAUGAAGAUGAAAUUACAGAAUGUAAGUCAGACGAAUGGACAGUUGGGUCGUGUGGAAAUAACUAUCCCCUAGAAGUUGAAUGCAAGACUGACGUUCAAUUAGUUUCCGGCGUGAAUAAAUUUUUUGGACGUAUUCAGCUUACCUUUCGGGAUAUUUACGGCGAUAAGUAUGGCAGCGUAUGUGCCGAACAUUUUGAUUCUAACGAUGCAGAUACUAUAUGCGGCUUGGUUGGAGCACCAACUAAGGGGAGCGCUCUCAUUUUCGCCAAUAACAAGUAUGGCAUGAAUGGAGGCUAUGCUAUAGAAAACUUAGAAUGCAUCGGUAACGAAGAAGAUAUCCAAGAAUGCAAGUCGUUACCAUGGUUCUCGGAAAAUAAGACAUGCCACUCUUCAAAUUCAUCAGUAUCAAUAAAUUGUAGACCGUACACACCUAUUCGUUUGACCGGUGGUACUAAUUCGUCGGGUGUGGUAGAAGCAUGGUUUGAUAGAAGUUGGAUUAGAAUUUGCAGUAGUGAUUUUAGUUACAAUGAGGCAGCUGUCAUUUGCAGGCGCUUAAACUACACAGUUGGUGAGCCAGGCAUCCAUUACUAUGGAACCGGCUACAUUUACGGUUUACAAUGCAAGGGAACAGAAACAGAUAUUUCACAAUACAACCGCGUACGACUUCGAGACGGCAUUAACAAAUAUCAAGGACGAGUUGAAUUUCAGUAUAACGGAGUCUGGGGAACAGUCUGCAGCAAAUAUUUCGACAAAUAUGACGCACAAGUAAUAUGUCGAUUGGCGUCUGCUCCUGGAAAUCAAACUGCAAUAAUACAUGACCGAUCUAAAUAUGGCAUUGGCUCCGGAUCGUUGGUCGUCGAAGAUUUGAAUUGUACCGGGACUGAAGAUAACUUGGACGAAUGCGGGUCAUUCCCUUGGUUAGAAGGUUCUGCCUCACCGUCAUGCAAUUCACAUUAUUAUGACGUUGGCGUCAACUGCCGCCCGAACACACCAAUUCGUUUGGUAAAUGGAACAAAUGCGACAAAAUAUUUAGGACGGGUAGAAAUAGAAUAUGAUGGAAAAUGGGGGCCGAUUUGUGACAGGUCGUUCGAUGCAAAUAAUGCAAAGGUCAUUUGCAGAAUGCUAGGUUUGAACACUGAGAGCGCUAUCUAUCACGGCAAUGCGUUUUACGGAACUGGAAAUACAGGGGCUAUUAUUUCUAAUCUCAACUGCCACGGUCAUGAACAAGAUAUAUCUGAAUGUGGCGCAGACACAUGGUCUGAAAUCCACGGAUACUGCUCGGCAGUCAACAAUGUUGCUGUACAGUGUAAUACACCAGUUCGAGUAAACAAUGCAUGGACGUUGUAUUUGGGUGUGGUUGAAGUUUAUAUCAGAGGUUCAUGGAGAAGAGUGUGUUUUGAUAAUUUCACAGAUGCCGAUGCAGAAACGAUCUGUAACAUUGCUGGUCUACGACAUAACUAUACUGGGAACGCCACAUUCUAUGAUGCCUCUCGAUUUGGUUUCUCGCACUCAUAUACAUCAUUAGGAGGGUUCAACUGCACUGGUGAUGAAGAUGACUUGUUUUUGUGUGGUAAUGGUGAGUGGGUAGAAGAGAAUUUCGAUUGCCCUAGUGGCAUAAACGUGGCCGUAAACUGCAGAGCUGAUACCCCAAUAGCAUUAAAGCGAGACGAGCAUGCCAAGCAUGAUCUUAUUAAAGGAGACCAUGGGUUAGUAGAGAUACAGUACCAAAAAUACCAAGAUGGAAAGUAUCAGCCUCAUUGGGGGACGAUAUGCGACGAUAAUUUUGGUGACAACGAUGCACUUGUAUUGUGCAGCAUGAUGGGAUAUGAUUAUGGAACAUUAGAUCGAAAUCCCGACAUCAUGGAAGAUUACAAACCAGGUGAUAUCCUAAUCGAUGAACUAGAAUGCAUUGGUUCUGAAAACGAUGUAUCUGAAUGUCCUGCAAGCCAAUGGUCUACACACGACUGUAACCAUGAUGAAGAUGUGUACAUCAAAUGUGUUAACUCAAGCUACAUAGACCCAUGCUCAAAUGACGUCUACAAACGAUUGCCAAGCCUUGAGAUGAGAGUACUGAGCUUCAAAGCAACUACAAAACCAGUUGAUGACAGUAAAUUGUCUCCCGGCUGGUAUUCCGUUGGUAAUAACAUCCUGCUGAAUGAAGAGCCACCGUUAAAUCGAUGUGGAACCUAUUUCCCCAUUUUUACACAAGGUGAUCCAAUAUUUAAGGGGGUAGUUAAAGCUAUAGUAAAUGGAUUUCCGAAUGCAUAUUUCGGUGUUAAAGUACAGCAAUGCUCGUUUGGGUUUGUAUACAAACUAAAGCCAACGCCAGUUCCACAAAGUGCCUAUUGCUUCGGUAUUGGAUCUGAAGAUUGUAACGAUCCAGACCAAUUUUCUGAAAAGUUUGAUAAACACAGAACGAGCAUAAGGUUAGACUACAAAUUACAGUCCGGGGAGAAUCUGGACUCCGCGAAAACUUACAAUGCGUAUUCGGAGGAACUGACAGUAAAGCUUGAGGCUCGGUUUCGACAGGAAGUUGGUGUUGGUCUCGAAAAGGUAGUAAUUGUUUCGCUGAGUGAACCAAGUGAAAGAAGUUUAAUCAUCGAGUUUGUCCUGGUGACAUCAAAAGACGAUUUCGUAGAAAAGGCUUUGUCUAUUGCUUUAGUCGAACUGAGCCAAACCGCCAGUUUUGAGAUUUUUGGUUCAACGGCAAAAGUUUUGAGAGUUGGUGUUGGAGACCAAGAUGGCACAUCUUUGAUUGUUUUGAUUGUGUCAACUUCCGCCGGUAUACUGCUGCUAUUGUUGAUUUUGGUGUUGGUAGUCGUGGUAUGCAAACGGCAGAAUAAGAAAAGAGACAACCAACCUGUCAGAAGUUUGGAGCCAAAACACAAGGACAAUGUGUACAGAGACAUGCAUGACAUUGCGCUGCAAAAACAGAUGCAAGAACUUGAAACAAAAAUUCCGCGACUAAAGUUGUCUGGUUCCCAGCUUGCUUUUGAGAAUGGUACCAAGGAUAGCACGCAUUUUUACGAGGGGACUGUGUACACUAGAUCAGCCGACGAUGAUGGGUACGAGUAUCUCCCUGUAGACGAUCAUGGAUCUUACUACAAUGAAGGAUUUCGUAACUAA